GUUAUCCUUCCUUGAUACAGCGGAAGUGUCAUUGUCACGACCGGCCAAGCCCUGCUGAUGGCGAACCCAACUCAGCCUGGAAUCAAGGUCAUCAAUAAAGAUUUCAAGCGCGAUGUUAACGAUACUGUGCUUUGCACAGAUCGAGUCGAAGUCGAGUUCGAUGGGGUAACGCUAGACUUGGCGCAGUCGUGGGAAAACGGGGAGGAGAUGGCGCCCAUUUUCAGCGGAGCGUGCUGGGCGGGCACCGUGGUCUGGCCGGCUGCGCUGGACCUGUGCGACUACAUGAGCGAGCACCUUAGACAGGCGUUGGUGGGGGCCACCGUUGUGGAGCUUGGCUGCGGGAUGUUUGACGAGCUCCUCAGCCUCCUGGACAGAAAUCUCGACGGCAACUUCGCGGGGCACCCGCGGGGCGAGGGCGGCAUCCGGAGAGAAGCGCUGGACUGGGAGAGGGAGGCGGACACGGAUGGCCUUCUUGCCUCCAUGGAGCGUUCUGGCACUGUACCGGGAGAAGCAGAGGGUGAACCGGGAGCGGGCGUGCGGAGAAGGUCGACGCGGCUCGACUUCGUCCUCUGCGCAGACUGCGUGUUCGAGCCGCUGUACGGCGACUCCUGGAAGGCGUUGGCCAAGGUGAUGGGACGCCUCAGCGACGCAGGCACGACCGUCCUCUGCUCCGUGGAGCGUAGAGGGGUCGACGGCGUGCCCGACUUCCUCCGAGCGUGCGAGGCAGAGGGGUUCUCGCUGCAGACGGUCUACCGUGCCGCGCCGAGCGCGUCGGCGCAGGUGGAGCUGUACGAGUUUUCCAAGGGGGUGUUUCGAGGAGAGGCGGUGGCAGUGGUGGAAAGCGACGGUGGUAUGGAGGGUGGCGACGGCAAGGGCAAGCCGAUGGAGGGAGAGGGAGGCGGAGCGCUGGAAGUGGUGGAUGGUGGAGCCGUAAGUCCAGGGGCGGGGUCGAAGAGCACAGCGAGAUGAUCGAUGGUGGUGGCCGCUGGGGCUCAUGUAGCUUGGAAUCAAGGUUUACUUGCAUGACAGCCGCAUGUGGAGUGAGCGGGCCACUCUAACUUUUAAUUUUCUUUGGACCCCAAGACCAACCAACGGGCGUUUUUUUAUUGUUGGGAGAUGGCGGCCGCACCCUUGU